GGGGGAAGAAGGCCCCGGAACGAGGCCGGCCCGCGCGGGCCCGCGCUCCCUUCCUCCCCCGCGGCCGCACUCACCCGCUCUGGAACCGGCCCUGUCGCCCCCGCCCGCGCUCCUCAGCCGGCUGAGAACGGCAGCGGCCCCGACUCCGCGUGCAGCGUCUUUCCGGGUAAGACCUGAAGGUCCUACGACUCGAGUGCGAGGCCCCCGGGCCCUUCCCACGAAAUCGGCGUUGAGAAACUCCAACCCCCCCUCCCGCCUCCCAGGCACCCCCGAGUCCAGGACUACAACUCCCAGCAGGUUGCGCGAAAGGAACGCCCGCGGCAACGGAGGCUCACGAGGCACAAACAAGCACAACGCCCCAAUCCGUUCUUUUUUUUUACACUCUUUCGCUUUCCCUGUACACUCAUACACCUCGACAACCCCAAGAAACAGAAGGCUAACUCCCAGUAGGGGCUGAACUGAGGGAGAGGCCACUCAAAGUGCCCACAUGUAUAGAACAAGAUUUCCAGGGGGAAAAAAGAGUAGGUCAAGUUAGGCGAAGGAAAGAUGGCGGAGACUUCGCUAGGGGACCCGGAAGCACUUACCCCCCACUUCCUCCUCCUGUUUGGCUUCAGUCUCACCUAGAGCCGUCCGGUGGCGGACCGUCUUCGAGACGCUUCCUGUCCGGUGAGCGAAGACCGAGUGCAGCGCGGCCCAUAAUGCAUUGCGUUGGCGGGGAGGAGGGUGGGGGUGGAGCCAGAGCCGGAAGUAGAACGGCGGCGGCGGCGGCGCCGGUGACUCUCUGGCAGCUCGGGACUCAAGUGCAAGUAACCACGUCACCAUGAUCCUCCAGAGGCUCUUCAGGUUCUCCUCUGUCAUCCGGUCUGCAGUCUCAGUCCAUUUACGGAGGAACGUUGGCGUUACAGCGGUGGCAUUUAAUAAGGAACUUGAUCCUAUACAGAAACUUUUCGUGGACAAGAUUAGAGAAUACAGAUCUAAGCGACAGGCAUCUGGAGGACCUGUUGAUACUGGCCCAGAAUAUCAGCAAGACCUGGAGAAGGAGCUUUUUAAGCUUAAGCAAAUGUAUGGUAAAGCAGACAUGAAUACGUUCCCUAGCUUCGCAUUUGAAGAUCCCAAAUUUGAAGCUGUUGAAAAACCCCAGUCCUGAAGCAAUAUGUAAAAUUAAUCUGGUAAUUUGUCAUGGUUAGUUGUACAACUAAGCAGUGGUAUCAGAAUAAACAUAUUUCACGAUUGUCAAA